ACAAAUCAUCUAUGGACGACGAUGAUAGAAAAGUUAUAGCCAGGUUUAUUAAACAUUAUAAAUUCCUUUGGAAAACAGUGAUAAAAAUUAGUUACCUGACUUACCAUUUCACUGAUUUUAUCAGUUACCAUUUCAACUAAUAUAGAUAAAAGAUCUAAUUCUAAGCAUUACAUUAUCACAGUACACUAGAGAUAACAUUAAAGAAAAGAUAGAGAUAAUUAGUAAUGUUGAACUUGCUCAUAAGUCUUUUUUCUUGAGUAGUAUUAAUAAUAAAAACAUAGAAACAUUGUACAUUGCAACUAAUCAUGUCAAAUAGUACUAAUAUUACUACAACUGCUAUUGCUGAUAAUAAUAAUAAUAAUAGUAGUAGUGAGACGAAAUCAGAUAAAAUUAUUCAAACGACUGCAUCUAUAGAUGAAUUAAUUUAUGGAUUAUAUCAUAUUACAAUGGAGAUAUCACCUACUUGUCGUCAAGCAGCUACAUUAUUUUUAUCAGGAUUUUUUGUUGUUGGAGUACUUUUAAUUAUACCAGCAUUAAUGCAAACAGCUGCUGCAUAUGUAUGGGCUGCACAAAUACGUCGUGAAUCAGUUAUACCAACACAAUUACAACAAUCUAAAAAAAAUCAAUCUAUAUCAAAAAAUAAUAGUAAUAAAAUUCAAAAACAAAUUAGAAAGCAUAGAUUACCAAAACAAGAUCGAACAUUAUUUCUUUAUCGUAUUUUAGCAUGUACUGCAUCACUUCUUGUUCUUAUCUUUUCUACAUUACCACAGUUAGUUAUUGUUGUUGCUAAGCCACAAAUAGUUGAUAGCAUAGAUAAACGUUGGGGUUGGUGUCAUGCAUUUGUCUAUGCUGAUCAUGUUACAAGAUGUUUUGCUAGUUAUUUAAUUGUAAUACCAUUUUUUUUAUUAUUUUGGAAUUUUUUAUUUAGUGAAAUAUUACCCCAUCAUCAUUUAAUUAUGCGUAAUGUAUUUGAAGUUAUAUUAAAAUCCUCCAUUAUUAUAGCAUUAUUUUCAUUAUGUAUACCAAUACCCAUUGUAAUAAGACAAUAUGAAAGAAUGUGUACAUCGAAUAAAAUUUGUUUAUGUGGGCCAACAAUGCAUGGUAUAGCAACAUUUAUCUAUUAUGAUUUUGUUAUUACUCGUAUUAUUCCAGCUAUCUUUGUUAUCUUUAUAAGUAUUGGAUUUAUACGUUGGUUACCAAGAGAAGAUUAUGGGGUAUUUUAUGAACCAACAAUAUUUUUAGCAUUUAUGAUACCACAUGUAUUAUGUGAAGUGAUUAUACAUAUAUUUCAUCGUGCACAUAUAAUCAAUAAAUUAAUUAAUGUAAAUUUUAGUAAUUUUAUGCUAUUAUCAUAUGCAUUAUAUCAUAUGUCAUUUAGUUGCACAUUUGUUUUGGCUACAUUACGUUCAAUGUUAAGUGAAAUACAAGAGGAACGACGUAAAAGAAGUAUGCUAUUAUAUGAUGAAACUACCUAUGAUUCAUCUAAACAACAAUCAUCAUCUAGUCGUAAUAAAACUACCAUUCGUAUAGCUGAUAAUAAUAACACGACUAAUCAAAUGCAUGGAACUAAACGUCGUACAAAUUUAAUACAUGGUUUACAAAAACAAUUCUCUGUUGCUUAUCGUUGGAAACCAGAUUUUACUGAUGAAGAAACUGGUUUUAUUUCUGGACAAUUAGAUGAAUUAUCUAUGGAACAAUCAACUAAUCAAAAUAUUUCUAGUAUUAAUGAUAAUGAAUCAAAUGCAUUCGAUAUUGAAAAUGAAACAAAUGAAAAGUGUACAGAUGAUGCAAUGUUACAUUAUGCUAUAUUACAAAGAUCAGCUAGUUUAAAAAGAAAAGAACAAGAACAACGUAUCAAACCACAAAUUAAUACUUCAUAUAAUAUUAUGCGUAAUUUAAAUACACAACAACGUCAACCAAAACAACAACAUACCAUAUUAUAUUCUAUCAAUAAUUGAUUAAAUUAAUGAAUCAAUCAUUAUUUCUUACAUAAGAUUACUAUAUUUGAGAAAAAAUAAUUUUAAUCAAAAAUGGGUUUUGUGGAGAUUUCAGUAUUUUCAUAGUUGAAAUCAUGAGUUAAUUGAAUCUAGACAACCAUGGAAAACCUGGGAGUACUGAACGGUCGUUUCGUUCUACUGUAAGACCCCUCAGCAUUGCGCAUCCACGAUCCCGCCUCGCGAGUGACUGAAUUCAAGGGAUGUUUUUUGGAGUUCUAGUGAGAAGCAGUGACCUGUGGAGUUCAACCAAGUCUGUUGUGAGAUAAGAACUCAAUGAAGACAAUUGGUGAACGGUUACUCAACUUCGUGGAUUGGUUGAAGUUAGACAUUAACACCUGUGGAUACCGGCUCAGUGGUUUAUCAGUUAAGUGCUCUGGCGCGAGAUUGGUAGGUCGUGGGUUCGAAUCUUGUGAGGCGGGAUCGUGGAUGCUCAUUGCUGAGGAGUCUCACAAUAGGACGAAAAGGCCGUCCAGUGCUUCCAGGUUUCCGAUGAUGAUCUAGCUUUAAUUUACUCAUGAUUUCAAUUAUGAAAAGGAAAUUUAUCAAAAUGAUAAACUCCAUCGUGAUAAAAAAAGCCAAGUUUUUUUCAUUUUGUAAUAGAUAAAAAUAUUUUUGUUUUUUUAAUAUUCCCCUUAGAAUUUAAUUUACUCUUAUUUAAUUGAUUAUGUUAGUUCAAUUAUACGGUUCUAUUUGUAAUAUUAACUAAAAUUGUUCACUUAAAUUGUAUUAUGUUAUUCCUUAUUUGAACAGUUUGCUAAGUCACAAGUUAUUAGAACUAUAUUGAAUGUAACUAGAAUUCAUUAACUUCAUCAUUCUGAGAUAUAUUCAGUAAUAUCUAUAUAUUGUAAAUAAAUUACCUUUAUGCAAACAUUUAAAUACUAUUAAUUAUGUAUAUGAGAAAAAAAUUUCUCUGAUGUCUGUUAUGAAUUACCCUAUGUAAAUUAAUUGAUUUGAUGGAAGUCUUAUUCGGUUUAAUAAAACAUUGACUUGU